CUGCCCGCGCGUCCUCCUGACAGCUGCGGCGGCGGCGAUGAUGCAAAGGAGGAGGGUGCUGCCGCCGGCGGUGCUGAUGGUGGCGAUCGGCGCCCGGGUGUGAUGCGAGCGUCAUGGUGGGGAUGCUGGCUUCGCGGCGGUGAGAGAGCGAGCGCGAGCGAGCGCGAGCCAGGGGCGGAGGACGCCAGAAUUCGGAUCUUGCUGCUGUGUGGGCUCGGAUUGCUCUUUCCUCCCGCUAUCUCCCCCCUACAUUUGGUUCUUGGUUUGCACAUUUAAACCCCCCGACUCCGUCCUCUCCCCACCACUGGAAGUCUUCCCGGCUCUAAAUGGAAUUAGUGGAGAUCGGAGCCUCUGGUGUAACGAACAGACAUGAUCUAUGGACGCAGUUUGUUUCACAUUGUAGCAAGUUUAACCAUCUUCCAUUUGUCUGGGGCAGCCAAGAAAGGAACAGAAAAGCAAGCCACCUCGGAAACUCAGAAGUCAGUGCAGUGUGGAACUUGGACAAAGCAUGCAGAGGGAGGUAUCUUUACGUCUCCCAACUACCCCGGCAAGUACCCUCCUGACAGAGAGUGCGUCUACAUCAUAGAAGCUGCCCCAAGACAGUGCAUUGAACUUUACUUUGAUGAAAAGUACUCUAUUGAACCGUCUUGGGAGUGCAAAUUUGAUCACAUUGAAGUUCGGGAUGGACCUUUUGGAUUUUCUCCAAUAAUUGGACGUUUUUGUGGACAACAAAAUCCACCUGUAAUAAAAUCCAGUGGAAGAUUUCUAUGGAUUAAAUUUUUUGCUGAUGGAGAGCUGGAAUCUAUGGGAUUUUCAGCUCGAUACAAUUUCACACCUGAUCCUGACUUUAAGGACCUUGGAGUUUUGAAACCAUUACCAGCAUGUGAGUUUGAGAUGGGCGGUCCUGAAGGAAUUGUGGAAUCUAUUCAAAUUAUGAAAGAAGGCAAAGCUUCUGCUAGUGAGGCUGUGGAUUGCAAGUGGUACAUCCGGGCACCUCCACGAUCCAAGAUCUACUUACGCUUCUUGGACUAUGAGAUGCAGAAUUCAAACGAAUGCAAAAGGAACUUUGUGGCUGUGUAUGACGGCAGCAGCUCCGUGGGGGACCUGAAGGCCAAGUUCUGCAGCACCGUGGCCAAUGACGUCAUGCUCCGCACGGGUCUUGGCGUCAUCCGCAUGUGGGCCGAUGAGGGCAGUCGGAACAGCCGAUUUCAGAUGCUCUUCACAUCCUUCCAAGAACCUCCCUGUGAAGGCAAUACAUUCUUCUGCCACAGUAACAUGUGUAUUAACAAUACACUGGUCUGCAAUGGACUCCAGAACUGUGUGUAUCCUUGGGACGAGAAUCACUGUAAAGAGAAGAGGAAAACCAGCCUGUUGGACCAGCUCAGCAACACCAGCGGGACUGUCAUUGGCGUGACUUCCUGCAUUGUGAUCAUCCUUAUUAUCAUUUCUGUCAUUGUGCAGAUCAAACAGCCUCGUAAAAAAUAUGUCCAAAGGAAAUCGGACUUUGACCAGACAGUUUUCCAGGAGGUGUUUGAACCUCCUCAUUAUGAGUUAUGUACUCUAAGAGGGACAGCAGCUACAGCUGACUUUGCAGAUGUGGCAGAUGACUUUGAAAACUACCAUAAACUGCGGAGAUCCUCUUCCAAAUGCGUUCACGACCAUCACUGUGGGUCACAAGUGUCCAGUACGAAAGGCAGCCGCAGUAACCUCAGCACAAGAGAUGCUUCUGUCUUGACAGAGAUGCCCCCGCAGCCCAUCAAACCCCUCAUCCCACCCAUGAGCAGAAGAAACAUCCUCGUCAUGAAACACAACUACUCGCAAGAUGCUGCAGAUGCCUGUGACAUCGACGAGAUCGAGGAGGUGCCAACGACGAGUCACAGGCUGUCCCGCCACGACAAAGCCGUCCAGCGGUUCUGCCUCAUUGGGUCUCUAAGCAAACAUGAAUCUGAAUACAACACAACUAGGGUCUAAAAAGAAAAUUCCAGAGAAGAACUAUUUAUACAAACAUGGGGACUGUGAAACGAAAAUUCUCUAGUGAAUUGUGAAAAUUGGACAUAUUUCUAAAUUCAUUCCACUGCCUUUAUCCAAACUUAAGAAUUAGAGACAUUUGUUAUUCCUUCGGCAAGACAUCCCCGCUGCACAAUGAUAUGUUCAUUUCAUAAUUUGGUUGCUGGUCACCAAGUGCUCCUUAGUUUUUAAAUACAUUUUGAGAUUUACUGGAAACUUGAAGAAGAAAUUAGUUCCUGAUUAAGACUAUCCCAAGUUUUCUUUUUACUGUUAGUUUCACUUUGUUUCUAUGUUGUUUUAUGUCCUUGUUAUAUAAUUGUACGUUGUGUGACAUGUGAACAACACAAUUUUGGAUGAACUUUGUGUUACAUGUACAUUGUUUUCAUUAGAUAGACUGCUUGAGACUAGUGCGUCCCUGAGGGAUUUUGAACAUGCUACAGUUAAGAAGUGAAAAUAUGGACCAUGGAAGCACCAGCUAGAGGUUUUAUGGACUAUUAACAUCUAUUAUUGUAUUAUGAUUAAAUGCAGCCAAGAGUCAUGAGUAAAAAUAGUAGAUUGCAAUAAGAAACAUCUGAUUUUUUUUUUUAGUCUUUCCCAAAUAUCCCCAAUUUCUUUUCUGUUUUAUAUCGAAGGAAGAUACUAAGUUUCAGAAAGAGGUUUUGAAAUCAGGCAAUUUACCAUUCAGACCCAUCAGUAGAAAUGUUUUUUGAUUAAGCACUUAGCAAUAUGACUGAAUUGACAGUUUGAGAAAAUACCUUGCAUGUCAGUACUGGAUAUUUGAGUUGGAAAAAUAUCCUUUUUAUUAGACACAUUGUAAAAAGCAUGCAUUCUCGAAUACUGCUGUUAC